AUGGCAUCUCGCAUCGGGGCCAGGAGCGUUAAAGACGCUACCCGUUUCACGUCGACAGUCCCCCACGCCACAUCCAAGUCGGCGACCACCAACAGCAGCAGAGCCACCGCGAUCCCGAACCCCCGGUUGCCCGGCGAGACUCCCGAGCAGCGCGUCCGGCGGUUACGACAGGCCCAUCUCGCCGCUCAGGCCGCCCAGAUCAGCAAGACGGAUCGCUUCCUCGAUCGAUCGCGCAGGUUUCUCGAUGCCGCACAUCGAUUCACCAUCGGUGGUGUCAUUCUCUUCACGGCCGUCGCUGGUGUCGUGAGCGUCUACUCAGUAUGGGACAUGCUCCAGUACAACCGUGCCCGCCGCGCCGAGUGGGUGGAGGCUCAGAAGAGGCUCGAGGCGGACGAGCUCACGGCCGCGCGCAUCGCCUACCUCAAGGGCGACGCGACAGAGGACCAGAUCCUCCUAGUCGAGGAGGCCAAUUUUGAGGCCCAGAAGAGGGGCGAGAAACUGCCGCCUCUGCUGGCUCCUCCAGAGCACCGAACUCAUUUCGAAGAGAACUUUGCUCCCAAGCUUAGCGGAUCUUCUUCUCCUCCUUCUACUUCUUCUUCCUCUGCUCCCGCUACCACCGACGACAAGGACACCAAAAGCAAGGGCUUCCUCGGUUCCUGGUUCAGCAGCAGCAAGAAGCAGGACGCUGCUACGUCAACUCCUGCUCCUGCUCAUGCCCCUGCUCCUGCUCCUGCUCCUGCUCCUGCUCCUACGCCUGUUUCCGUCCCUGUUACACCUCAGUCUCAGGAGGAACCCGCAAAGAAGAGCAAGGGAUGGUGGCCUUGGUAG